AGUGGAAGCCGUUGAAGCUUGAAGCUAGGGUUUUAGUAACCAGAACCUGGUCUCUUUUUUUUUCUUCAGAUUUUAACCGAAGCUUCAAAAUUUGUUCAUAAUUUAGGAAAAUGGGCGCCGAAGAAGAAGAUAAUCAGAAGAGCAUACCAGUUCUGCCAUGGAUGCGAAGCCCAAUCGAUGUCAGUGCCGUCCACGAAUGCCCUCUCUCUCUCCUCCCCUGCAUUGAUCCCAGGUUGAAGGUGGCGUUGGAGAAGAUGGGAAUCUCUUCACUUUUCCCAGUUCAGCUUGCAGUUUGGCAGGAGACUGUUGGCCCGGGAGGUUUCGAGCGCGAUUUGUGUGUUAAUUCUCCAACUGGAAGUGGGAAGACUUUAGCUUAUGCAUUGCCAAUUGUACAAAUGCUGUCGACGCGCUCUGUGAAAUGUCUUCGUGCGCUCGUGGUGCUGCCGACUCGGGAUUUAGCAUUGCAGGUGAAAGAGGUUUUUGCUGCAAUUGCACCUGCAGUGGGGUUAUCUGUUGGUCUUGCAGUUGGCCAAUCUUCUAUAGCUGAUGAAAUUUCAGAGCUUAUCAAUAGGCCUAAGCUUGAACUGGGUGUUAGAUUUGACCCUGAUGAUGUUUUGCCCGAGUUACGAAGUUCUGUGGACAUAUUGGUGGCUACCCCAGGAAGGCUAAUGGACCAUAUAAAUAACACUAAAGGAUUUACACUUGAGCAUCUCUGUUAUCUUGUUGUUGAUGAAACAGAUCGAUUGCUAAGGGAGGCAUACCAGUCUUGGCUACCCACUGUGCUUCAAAUCACUCGCCCUGACGAUGAAAGUUUCCUUCCCUGUGCUCAAAAUUUUCUACCUUCCCCAUUUGGUUCCUUAAAAACCAUAAGGAGAUCUGGUCUUGAGAGGGGGUUUAAGGGUAAAUCUUACCCCAGGCUUGUGAAGAUGGUUCUGUCAGCCACGCUAACCCAGGAUCCAAGCAAACUUGCUCAGCUAGAUCUGCAUCAUCCUUUGUUCUUGACAACUGGACAAAAGCGUUAUCAGCUUCCAGAAAAGUUACAGUCCUACAAACUGUUAUGCGAAUCAAAAUACAAGCCAUUAUAUUUGGUUGGGCUCCUACAAAGUUUAGGAGCAGAGAAGUGCCUUGUUUUCACAUCCUCUGUGGAGUCAACUCAUCGUCUAUGCACCUUAUUGAACUCUUUUGAUCAUCUGCCUUUCAAGAUUAAGGAGUAUUCAAGCCUUCAACGUCAAUCUGUUCGAAGCAAGACAUUGAAGGCAUUUCGGAAAGGGGAGAUUCAAGUACUCGUUUCAUCUGAUGCAAUGACUCGUGGAAUGGAUGUUGAAGGGGUGAGGAAUGUCAUUAAUUAUGAUAUGCCUCCAUACAUAAAGACAUACAUACACCGUGCAGGUCGGACAGCAAGAGCAGGCCAAAAUGGUUGUUGCUUCACACUGUUGCGUAAAGAAGAGGUUAAGCGUUUCAACAAGCUAUUACGCAAAGCUGAGAAUAACUCUUGCUCUAAAUACUCUGUUCCUUCUAGUUACAUUGAACCACUCCACUCUAUCUAUGAAUCUGCACUGGAGAAAUUGAAAGAGACUGUUGAAAUGGAAACAUCCCGGAAGAGAAAGCGGUGAAAGGAAACAAAACAGAGCAGCCGCGAAAAGAGAGUAAUUACUGAAGCAAGUUCCGCGUAAGAGUUAAGGUUUGUGGAGGGGUAAAUGUGAAGGUGAACUCCCCUCAGUGUACAUGCUUCAUAGUUGGUGUAACAAUUAGUAUGUUAGCAACCAUUUAUAAACUUUUUACCACCAAA